AAACGACUCCCGGCCCCAGCAGCAGUCAUGGCCGGCGCUUCUGCGACCUCUAACGGUGCGAGUGAAAAGCGCUCAGAGGAACCAGAAGGAGGUAAAAAAGGCUGGCUUUCCAAAAAAACCCAGUUCACACGGCGGUGGAAGCCGGUCUGGUUUCACAUUAAAGAUUCACAACUUUACUACGGUGGAAACGAGCAGACUCCUGUCAAGUCUAUCAGUCUGAUCGGGGCAGAGGUGGAAGCUCUGGAGGACGAUACGUGUUUCAGCUGGACUAUUAAACCACAGAACAGAAACAGAACCUUCUUUCUAAAGGCUGGUUCAGCUGAGGAGCAGCAGCAGUGGAUGGUGGCUUUAGUCGAGGCUCAGAUGAGCUCCAAGGAGCAUGCUGUAAACGCCUGCGUUCUUCAGUAGUGUGUGUGUGUGUGUUGUUUAUACAGACUAAUACAUUUUAUAAGCAUCCCCA